AAGAAGGUGAUCGAACUGGGCGCGGGGACGGGCAUCGUGGGAAUCUUGGCAGCGCUACAGGGUCUGGACCUCACCGGUGCGCCGGCCGGCGGGAGUGUACGGCAACCGGAGAGAUGUCGCUGCUGCGGUCACUGCGCAUCUGCCUAGUCGUGCGAAGUGGAAGUCGCCCGGCGAGGCCCCUCCAGUCACUCCAGCCAUGGCACACAUUUCACUCUGGGCCCUGGAUGGCUUCUUCGGCCUCCAGCAAGGAGCUCCUCAUGAAGCUGCGGCGGAAGACGGGCUACUCCUUUGUAAACUGCAAAAAAGCUCUGGAGACUUGUGGCGGGGAUCUGAAACAGGCAGAGAUCUGGCUCCACAAGCAGGCCCAGAAGGAGGGCUGGAGCAAAGCUGCCAAGCUCCAUGGAAGAAAGACCAAAGAAGGCUUGAUUGGGCUGCUGCAGGAAGGAAACACGACUGUAUUAGUAGAGGUAAACUGUGAGACAGAUUUUGUUUCUAGAAAUUUAAAAUUUCAGCAGUUGGUCCAGCAAGUAGCCCUUGGAACCAUGUUGCAUUGUCAGAGCCUCAAGGAUCAACUCUCCACAUACAGCAAAGGCUUCCUGAAUUCCUCUGAGCUCUCUGGACUUGCAGCUGGGCCUGACAAAGAAGGCUCUCUUAAAGAUCAGUUGGCCUUAGCCAUUGGGAAAUUGGGAGAAAACAUGAUUCUUAAACGAGCUGCAUGGGUGAAGGUGCCAUCCGGGUUCUACGUAGGCUCUUACGUCCAUGGAGUGAUGCACAGUCCCUUGCUCCACAACCUAGUGCUGGGGAAAUACGGGGCCCUGGUCAUCUGCGAGACAUCUGAGCGGAAAGCAAACCUCGAAGACCUUGGCCGCCGCCUUGGGCAGCACGUGGUGGGCAUGGCCCCACUCUCUGUUGGCUCCCUGGACGAUGAGCCUGGGGGAGAGGCAGAAACGAAGAUGCUGUCCCAGCCAUACUUGCUGGAUCCGUCCGUCACGUUGGGACAGUAUGUGCAGCCCCAGGGAGUGUCUGUAGUAGACUUUGUGAGGUUUGAAUGUGGAGAAGGCGAAGAGGUGGCAGAGGCUGAGUAGAUUCCAGAAACUUUUGGCUCAGGAGGACAUUUCCAAAGCCUCUUCAAACCCAGAAUUUUUCAUUUGAUUUGUAAUGAACUCCUGUGGGUAAAGUUACUAAAUAAAGUGGUUAUAUAAUAAAGAGA